UCUUGGCGAUACAAUUCAUUUUAGACACGGUGUAGAGUUUCGUUUCCGAAAGAUUACAAGAGCUUCUUGGAAGCCAUAGCCACUGGAUCAUCAAAAGCUUCAAUUAGGAUUCAAUUCCGGCCCUACACCCACGGAACUGCAAGCGUUGGUUUCUGAUCUUCAUAUUCUUCAUUGGUAGGAGGAGCCUACCGAUAUGGAGAUUUAUGCCCCAAGGAGUUGUCUGGAAAAGCAAGUUUUACUGAGUUUCAAGAUUGCAAGAAAGUUAAAGAGGGAAAACUUGAAUAGCCCUUCAUGCAAUAUUACAACCCGGAGCUUUAGGAUGGGUUCUGGCAUGUUGAUCCAUUCUUGUGAACCUUCUGUGAUGACACGUCCUCAGAGUUAUUGGAUUCAAAGAAGACAUUCAUUGCCUGUCACUUCUGAGGAAUCUUCAAUGCAAUCAAAAGAUCUUUCCCUAGAUGUAGAGGAGAUUGAAAGUGCAGAGGAACUUUUGGCUGAACCCCUUAGCAGCGAGCAGCUAAAUGCAUUGUUGGCUAAUUCAGAAAGAGAGAGGCUUGUGAAAAGGCUCAGUCAUGCUAAUCAACAGAACCGACUUCUCAAACGACAGCUGCGUGUACAGGACAAUGAUUUAGUUAACUUUAAGACCGAACUUGCUGUCUUGGACCACGAAGUUGAGGGUUUGAUCAAACUAGCAGAAGAAAUAGCACAAUCUGGUAUUCCAGAAGGUACGAGAAAGAUUAAUGGGAAAUACAUUCAAUCUCACCUUCUCACAAAACUAAAAGCUGUUCAUAAAAAGAUAGAGAAUCAAAUAAAGGAUGUGGAUUUGGUGCAAUCAAAAGAAGUUCCACUAUUCUGGUAUGGAAUGGCUGAGAGUGUGCAAGUUAUGGGAACUUUUGAUGGCUGGAGUGUUGGGGAGGACUUAUCACCUGAAUACACCGGUGCUUACUCUAAGUUCUCAACAACUUUAAGGCUUAGACCUGGAAGGUACGAAAUCAAGUUCUUAGUGGAUGGAGAGUGGCAUCUAUCACCAGAAUUUCCCACCGUUGGCGAAGGCUUGAUGGAAAAUAACCUGCUAGUUGUGGAAUAGUUCUGACGUCAAAAGACUCAUAAAUCAUAUAAUCAUGUGUACUUAAAUAAAGGUUACAACAUAUCAUGCACUUCAAUGAAGGUCUUGCUCCUUUAACCAACUUUUUUCAUGAUUAUGAAAUAAAAAACCAUGAGAUAUUAUCAAGAGUUAAA